AUGACCAUUCCUGCAUCAAUAAAAAAAACAUUUAUCUUAAUAUCAUCUUCUUUUACUUCAUCUUUUCCCUUUACAUCUUCUUCAUUCUUCAUCCUUCAUUCUUCGUCGUCGUCCUCCUCCUCCCCCUUCUUCUUCUUCUUCUUCUUCUUCUUCUUCUUCUUCUUUCCUGGUGCAUCCUUUUCUUCUUUCUUUGUCCUUCUUUUUUUACUUCUUUUUUCCUUUAGAUCUUUUUCAUUCUUCGUCCUUUUUCUUUAUAUUCUUUUUUCUUUUUUUUUUCUGCUACUACUACUACUACUACUACUAUUAUUAUUAUUAUUAUUAUUUUCUUUUCUUUAUAAUUCCUCUUCUUUUCUUUCUCUCUUUCUCUCUCUUUCUCUUUCUCUCUCACUUUCUCUUUCCCUCUCUCUCCCUUUUUUCCAUUGCACUUUCCUUUAUAACUUCCCUUCUUUUCUCACUCUCUCUUUCUCUCUCUCUCUUUCUCUUUCACUCUUUCUUUCUCUUUCUCUUUUGUCCAUUGUGCUUUUCUUUAUAAUUUUUCUUCUUUUCUCCUUCUCUUUUUCUCUCUGUUUCUCUCUAUAUUUUUCUGUCUCUUUCUUUCCUUCCCUCUCUCUCACUCCCCUCUCUCUCUCUCCCUCUUUCUCUUUCUCUCACUCAAUACAUCAACACUCUCACGUUUUCUUUAAUUUUAUUUUCUCCGUCCAAUUUUCAUAA